AUUUUCAUUGUCACUAUAUAAAUGCUUCUCUUUUUUCCUUCAGACGCCUCAUCUUAAACUUAGCGUUUUGCAACAACAACCCAUUCGAAAUUAUUCUAAAACCAUGUUUUCAGAAGUUGAACAAGAACAACUUAUUGAGAAACUCGAAAUCUUCAAGAUCCAAGGCAGAGAUAAACGUGGCCGCAAAAUCUUGCGCAUCAUCGGCAAAUUCUUCCCUGCUAGGAAUCUAAGUGUUGAAGUAGUGAAUAAGUAUUUAGCGGAGAAGAUCUUUCCAGAACUUGAGAAACGGUCGUUUGCCGUGGUGUAUGUUCACACCGAUGUGGAGAAAAGUGAGAAUUUUCCUGGAGUAUCAGCUUUACGAUCAUUCUACGAUGCAAUUCCGGUGAAGGUUCGAGAGAAUCUGGAGGCUGUUUACUUUCUUCAUCCUGGCCUUCAAGCUAGACUCUUCCUUGCCACAUUUGGUCGCUUCAUCUUUAGUGGAGGGUUAUAUGGGAAAUUGAGGUAUGUAAACAGGGUGGAUUAUAUGUGGGAACAUGUGAGGAGGAAUGAGAUUGAGAUGCCAGAAUUUGUGUAUGAUCAUGAUGAAGAUCUUGAGUACCGUCCGAUGAUGGACUAUGGUUUGGAGAGUGAUCAUGCCAGGGUCUAUGGUGGUGCCCCUACAGUAGACUCUCCUGUUACAAUGUACUCCAUGAGAUGCAUCUCAUAAGCAACCUAAUUGGACGGCUUUUACACUCUUUUUGUUUCAUAGUUACAUGUGUAGGUUUUGUUCUUUUUCUUCUUUCCUCCCAUCUGUUGGAGCUUUUCUUUUUUUGUCUGUAUAUACUAUUAGGUAGAGGUUAGUAACUAGCAAGCACUUCGUUUCUUUUUUAUUUUCUUCUUCUUGUUAUAUAGUAGUACUACUAAAGAAGGAUGACAAAGGUUAUCAACUUUGAAAGCAUUGAUGAUUUCCAAUAUGAAAAAUCAUGUUGCAUA